AUGGGGAUGUUGGAAGCAGCACCUCUUCCACAGAUCCAGUCUUCGAAGGAGUUCCCCACCCUCGGUGGGACUGCUGAGGAGGUGGUCAUGGCUCCGGUUGACACGAGUACGACGACUGGUGGCUUCUGGGAGCGUCCAAUGCGCCCUGUGAAGGUGCCCAACGCCAGCGACUUCCCAGAGCCCGGGCCCUCCCCCAAGGCGAAGGCAAAGGCGAUGCCCAGCAAGGCCGCUCCAUCCAAGAAGGAUGACGAGAAGAGCGUUCAGAGACGCGAGCAAGCCAAGGAGCUCCUGACACAACACGGCCUUCCUUUGGAAGACCCCCUCGUGGGCUUCCUCCUGUCUGUUGGCACCUCCACGGAGGUCCAUGACUACUUGCAGGCUUACUACGAAGCGGACGCUGAUACGGCACGUCGCUUUACCGAGGCGUUCGUGGAGAAGGGGCUGAUUGCAGAGAAGCCAGCGAAAGAGGCGGCCGGAGCCGGUGGUCGGAAGAAACGCGUGAAGGGCAAAGAGGUGGAUCCCUCAAUGCUGGGCUUCACAGCGGUUCCCCGAGGGCAGUGA